AAACCAAGAGUGGCGAGAGGUACUCACAGAUAUUUUUGUUGUCUCCAUUUUCUUCACAGCUUUCACUUUGUGUGGUUCAACUUCCCUUCUCCCUCCCCCCCACCCCCCUCUCUGUAACGCCCCGCUUCUCUGAAUCCCUUUCUGUUAAUCAUCUGUCUUUCAAGCUAUGAUUUUUGGGUUUGUCUUUUAAACUCACCAAGAACUAGAAGCAAACUUAGAAGGAUUUCUCGAAGGCCAGGUGUUUUCAGAAACGAGAUCCAGCUUUUGUUGUCGCAAUUUUUUGAUUUUUUUUCUUCUUCCAAACAAAGCCAAGAGGGUUAUUUUUGAUCCCUCCAAGCUUUCUCUUUUUCAAAGACCCAAGAGGUUGUCUAUUAGAAAUCUCUUUGAUCCUUGUUUGUAGAAAAGAAUUUUAUCCUUUGGUUUUAAUUUUAAUUUGGCAGUCUUAUUUAACGACCUGUUCUCCAGUUUUAGAAAAACGCAGGUUUUACGAUGGCAGCUAUGAUGGAUUUUUACAGCAGCAUAGAGUUUGAAAAAGCUCACUCAGAUCCCUUCAGGGGUGAACUAAUGGAAGUUCUUGAACCUUUUAUGAAGAGUCCUUCUUCUUCUUCACCUUGUUCUCCUCUUCCGUCUUUCCCUUCAACUUCUUCCAACUACUUUCCCUCCUCUCCCUUUGUUUUCCCCAAGAUGACCCAUCAUGUAUUUGCUGACGGGUUAUCCUUAUCCUUCCCCAACACCCAAAACUUAAUAGGGCUGGGCCAACCCACAUCUCUUCUGGGCCUGAACCACCUAACCCCCUCUCAGAUCUCUCAGAUCCAGGCCCAAAUCCAGCUCCAGAGCCAGCAGCAGCAGCAGAACAACCACAACCACAACACCCUGAGCUUCCUCGGGCCGAAGCCCAUCCCCAUGAAGCACGUGGGCAUGCCUCCGAAGCCCGCGAAGCUCUACAGAGGGGUUCGGCAGAGGCACUGGGGAAAGUGGGUGGCGGAGAUCAGACUCCCGAAGAACCGUACGAGGCUGUGGCUGGGAACCUUCGACACCGCCGAGGAAGCUGCUCUGGCGUACGACAAGGCCGCCUACAGACUCCGAGGUGACUUCGCUCGGCUAAACUUCCCCAACCUCCGACACCAGGGGUCCUCGGUGGGCGGAGACUUCGGGGAGUACAAGCCUCUUCAUUCCUCUGUUGACGCCAAGCUCCAGGCCAUUUGUGAAGGCCUCGCUGAGCUGCAGAAGCAGGGGAAGUCUGAGAAGCCUUCGCCUUCCUCCAAGAGGUCGCGAUCCAAAGCCGCUCCUCCGCCGGAGAAGCCUCACUCCGACAACAGCAGCUGUUGCAAGGUUGAGGUUUCCUCGAGCGAGGGGUCCGAAGGUUCUUCGCCUCUCUCGGAUCUCACUUUUGCUGACGUCAGCGAACCGCUGUGGGAAGGGGAUUCGGAUAAUUUUAAUCUCCACAAGUACCCCUCUUAUGAGAUCGAUUGGGAUUCUCUCUGAACCUGUGUUUCUUGCUACUUUAUUAUUAUCGUUAUGAUGCGUCUAGUCUAGUCUAGUCUAUAGUAUAUUUGUAGCUAGGUCUUAGGUCGCUACUGCAAUGGAGUUUUUGGCAAUUGCAGGGCUACUAAUAAUCUGUCAAUAUAUUGUAUAAUCUCUCUACCGCGGGUCACCUGGUUUUUUUCUUGCGUGCCCCGGGAGAAGAAUUAGUAAGUGUUCAUGCAAUUAUGAUUAUAUCAUAUGAACGUUGUAAUGUAAUCUACUCUCGUAUAAAAACUAUAUGGAUAUUGUACUAUUUAUGUGAUGCUCUA